AUGGCGGACGAGAGAACGAAAGGCGAAGAAGGCAAGUUAAUCUCACGCGCGGUAAUGGCUGAAUCGCCAAACAGGAAAUCAAGCCCGACUGAUACCAAUUCGAAAUCGGUCGGUUCAAAUCAGCUGAACCGAGCCGACGGCGGAGCAUGCCCUGCGUCGCCGAAGAAGAAUUCGAGUUCUGCAGAAGGUGCUGGUAAUGGAAUUGGGAUAAAGGCGAAAUCUUGCAAAGGAUGCCUUUAUUAUUCUUCGCGUUUUAAGGCUGAUUCUCGGAACCCUAUGUGCGUUGGCCUCACCCGUUCCCUUCCCAAUGUACCUCCAUACAUUGUUGGACAAUCUGAGGUUGAAGCAUCUAAAGAGGGUAGAAACCUUACAGAGUUUAGAUAUGGUUGCAUUGGUUAUUCACUUUAUGAGGAUCGUAAAGGCCAAACUCCCAAUGGGCAACAGCAUCAAGCAGAAUUACCUGUCUGCUUAGGCCUUGAGGUUUUGGUGGAUAGGAGAGUUGCUAACCCUUCUGCUGAAACUGCACGCGUUCCUACCCAUACUCAGAAUAAAGGAGAUGGCAAUGAAUUGCCACAAAGGCGGACACCUAAACCUACUAAUGCAACUGGGGAAGAGUUCACUCGAAAUGCAAACCUGGUGGCGAAUGGGGUCGCCAAGAACAUUCGUAAAGUAGGAAAUCAAAUAAAACAAGGCUUUGAUGACAUAAUGUAUCGACGACCUAAGUAA